UGUGCUUGCAGAAUUCACCCAAGACUACCAAGGAGCCCUAGUCAUGGCCAAAGAAUUCCGUAACCAUGCAUUCUGGAGGGGUGUGAUGGCUGAGCUGAUAGGCAUGACAUUGUUUGUCUUCAUUAGCAUAACAGCAGCUCUUGGUUCCAAUUCCACUGGUGCUGACCAAGAAGUGAAGGUGUCGCUAGCCUUUGGGCUAGCUAUUGCUACUUUGGCACAAAGUUUGGGUCACAUUAGUGGGGCUCACCUGAACCCAGCAGUGACUCUAGGGCUGCUUACAAGCUGCCAGAUCAGUGUGUUCAGGGCUGUAGUGUACAUAAUUGUUCAGGUCCUGGGUGCAACAGUGGCUAGUGGAGUUGUUUAUGGACUCCAACAAAAAAACGAUAGCCUUGGUUUGAACAAGUUAAACAGCACAAGUCAUGGCCAGGCUGUGGGUAUUGAGCUUAUUGUCACCUUCCAGCUGGUCCUGUGUGUCAUAGCAACCACAGACAAGAAAAGGAGUGAUGUCACUGGUUCGGCACCCUUGGCCAUUGGACUGUCAGUUGCUCUUGGACAUCUUGGGGCUAUUAGCUACACAGGCUGCGGAAUGAACCCUGCCCGGUCCUUUGGCCCAGCUGCUGUAAUGUGGGAUUUCACAGAUCAGUGGGUUUUCUGGGUGGGACCCAUGGUUGGCGGUGUCGCUGCUGCACUUGUUUAUGACUUCAUCCUGUAUCCCAAACCUGAUGACCUGACGGAUCGAUUGAAGGUGCUGGUUAAUGGUCAGGCUGGAGAAUACGACGUCAGAUCACCUGAAGACAGCACAGUGGAAAUGACAUCAAAAUAAGAAGAAGAUGAUAUAGCAUGUGCUUUAUUUAUAUGGCUACUCUAGAGCUACAGCAUACUGAUCCAUGUAACAAAAUGAUGCUGGAAGUUUACAGAAAAACACCCAUUUUGUGCUUAAUGUUAACAGUAUUAUACAAUAGUGUUUUAGUGAUGUUAUAUGAUAUUUUUAUUUUAAAAAUACUCAUGUAAAACAAUUAAACUUAAGAUUUUUGUGCCAA